GCCAGAAAACGAAACCACCACCCACCAACUUUCUCUUUUAUUCCCGAAAGAAUAAAACCCACGACAAAACAGCCCACAGCCCACAGCCCCCCGCGGACCGGUGAGGUGUGUGUUGUGUGUGUUUUUUGUCUUUUUUGUCUUUUGCUGGCACCCGUUUUGCCGCGCGAAAAAAAGGGCCCUCGGUUGGCUGCCGCAAUGCACUAGUUAUUCAGGCGGCUGCCACAGGAGCUGCUCGGCAGCAGGCGCGCGAUCGAGCGUGCCGAUAGGAGAGCUUGUUCGGGAGGUGGUCGGCACCGGCACCCUGACGGCUCGAAAACGAGAUGGGUUGCUGCAUCUCUAGUCCCUCGGGCCCAAACUCUCCCUACCCGGGUGGUGUCGGCGCCUCUGGCUCGUCGCGGGCAAUCAACGAUGCUUCCCAAACGGCGCCUGCGUCAAGCACCCAGGCCACCAAUGACGAGCCCCCCCUUUCCCCCGGCCCAGGCUCGCGCCGACGUCGAGGACAGAGCCAACCGUUAGCCCAGCAUAUCAACAAGCCGUUGAGGCGUCAUGAAUGGAGCAGCCGCAAUCGCAUGUGGACCCGUGCCGCGCUGGCACGCGAGAGGGCCGACUUCUUCGAGACGAGGGUCGCAGGCCGCCAGGAAAUCUGGCAAGCCCUUCGCUCCGCCCUCGAAGUUCUCUGGGAGGCUGAUGCCGCUGCCGCGAACGGCCUGGCCGAGCUCGAGGGCGACGACGAAGGCCCCAGCGAAGAGGACCCAGCCGUGGCUCUUGCUACGGCCCAGAGUAUCAUUAAUGCAGCCGACAUCACCCUCCCCACCGGGGACCUGGCGCAAGGGGCCUAUGACGCCCUGGGCUGCUACUACUCGCUCCCGGAGCAUGUCGUGUCCGACCCGUCAAACUUGGUCGAGCCGCCCGCUUCGACCGGCGGUGACGGCCUCGAGGAUGUUAAGCCCGACCUGACAGCGGGCGACGAAACUGCCCAGGAAGAACUGGACGGCGAGGACAAAGCCGAGCGCCGGAGGGAGGAAAAAGGCAAAGGUGUCGCCGACAUACGUGACCAGAUCACGAUCCGAGCCAGGCUGAGUGACGGGUCUCGAGACAUCAGUAUUUCAGUCGGGAGCGCCGAGACUGUAAGGAGCAUUGCGAGAUAUGUUGCCGAAGAAGCUCAGCUCCCUGCCACCAAGAAGAUCCGCGUCGCCUACAUGGGCAAGAUCUUGAAAGAGAAUUCCCCCUUGCUUGUCCAGGGCUGGAAACAAGGGCAUGUAGUGAACGCCUUGGUGUUCAAUAGGUUUGGCAACUGGCCUUCAUCCCAUACGCAGCCAGCCUUUUAUCUAUUACCAUUGGGACUCAAAUUCCUAGGGCUCAACAACUCAACAUCCAAUCCUCUCUGCUUCAAAGACAGAAGACCUUGACACGAUUGUAUUUCUGCAGCUCAAGGCUAUUUCGUGCCACCACGCCUUUCGACGGGGAUACUUGUCUCCCAGUUGCUGCAAAGCACCUCUAUCCAGCUUCAACGACGGUUCUCUCACGCCAACAGCGGCGGAGAUUGUCCUUUUUCAUCCCUGCGUUCCGGCAACGUGCGACCACCAGAUACCAAACUCUUCAUCUCCA